UCCGGCAGCCUUCUCUGCUAUCUGAUCCAACUCACGACCAGGUGGUGAUCAGCUGACAGCUCUGCUCCUCUCUUCAGCCGAGUGUCCUAAACAUAUGGCCACAGAUCUGAUGAUAUGUCCACAAAGUCUAUCAUCGAUUUCGCCCUAAGAUGUUCUGGUAAUAAAUACACUUAUGAACAACCUCAUUAAGAGAGAAAUAAUCAUCAAAAAUUAGACUUCAACAGAGCAGGAACCACAAACCGGGACCCAACAGAACCUGGAGUGUCCUAAAAGAAUCCUCCUGACAUCGGCAGCAAGACAGGCAUGGUUAGGUGGACGGACAGCGAGCGCAGCACCAUCAUCAGUAUUUGGAGCAGAGUUAAUGUGGAUGAUGUCGGACCGCAAGCCCUGGCAAGGGUCCUGAUCGUCUACCCCUGGACAGAGCGGUAUUUUAGUGCUUUCGGAAACAUUUCCGACGCGGACGCCCUUCUGAAGAACGCCCGAGUGGCCGCGCAUGGCAAAGUGCUGCUGAGGGCACUUGGAGAGGGCGUGAGGCACAUGGACAACAUCAAGAACUUCUACGCCCCCCUCGGCAGGCAACACCGCGAGGAAUUCAGCGUGGAUCCGGACACCUUCAGGCUGUUUGCGGACUGCCUGACGAUCGUCAUGGCCAGCAAACUCAGCGGUGCCCUCUCUCCUCAGGCACAGGCAACCUGGCAGAAGUUUCUAACGGCUGUGGUUGAGGCUCUGGGUAGCCAGUACGUCUGAAGAGCAUUUCUGACACUGAAACAAUAAAAUACAUAAAUCAAAUCAUAUUAACACUA